CCAGCGCUGCGGUCACCGGAUAACUGCAGGAUCUCCUCACUCUCGGGGCGUCAAGGAUCGCGAUCAGGAUUCGGAUUUGCGGAGCGAAUGGAAACCCUUGAAGAGCCGCCAGAGACCAGCCCCAGGUGAAAAUAUGCCCCACGUGGAGGAGCAGCAGGGAAAAGCCAUAAAGCGAGUGGAAUCGGAAACACUGGAGAAGGAAUUAAGCGACAAGGGUGCUGACCCCAAGGAGGAGGUAGAAACCGGCGGCAAGAUCAAGAGCCGUUCGAGAUUCUCUGCGGCUUUGCGAAGCCUCUCCAAGCCCAAAGCCAAGAGGGAAAAGGAGACCGAGCGAAGCGUCGACAGGGCAGGGACCAGAAGCGCCGAGGAGGAGGAGGAGCAGGAGCAGGAGGAGGCGGAGGAAACCCCAGGGGAUCUGGCGGAUGUGGCCAGCUCCAUCUCCACGGACAGCGGUGCUUUGACCAAGACCAAAAAGAAAAGUCUGACACGCCGCCUGCUCUUGGGUGGUCUCCGGAAGACUGGGAAGACCCCCAAGGUGCGUCCCCACAGCCUGGCCACCAGCGACGACCUCAGCGUGGAGCAGCUAGAGGUCUCAUCCACACCCUCGUUGGCAGCCACAGCCACCGCCACCUCCUCGCCGGGCAGCAGCACUCUGCAGAUCACCAUCAGUGGCAAGAAAGUGGAGCCAGCACCAGAGACGGCUAGAAAGAGCGGCAAGAGUCGACCCAGGAGCGACACGGAUUACCUGACACCCUCCGCGGGUGAGAAGAAAAAGAAAACCACUACCACAACGGUGACAACAAGAGACUCGAGCAGCACCCGCACCACCAAGCUCGUGGUGGCCAAGAAGAAGCAGUCCCAGACACAGCAGCAGCAAGAGAAGCAGCAGCAGCAAGGGAAGCCCCAGAGCCAGAGCUCCGAGAGAGAGUCCCCUGUUAUCACCGAGAGCACGCGCGAUACACCGCCCAGAGAGCGAGCACCAGCGAAGCCCAGUCGCGUCCAGACGGCGGUUCAGGUGGCUAAGUCUCAGUCUCAGUCUGCCAGCGGCACCGGAGCUGUUCGCAAGUCCCACUCCUCGAGCGGAUCCAGCAAGAAGCUGGAAUUGAUGCAGCAGCAGCAGCAGCGCGGCCACCGCCACAACACCAGACCGCUGGCUGACCAAGUGAACGCCGAGCCCCAGCCUUCAGGGGAAAACCUCCAGCUCCAACUCCCUAGCCUAUCCAUAGCCACUUCCCAGCCAGCGGCCGACGACGGUAUAUCCUCGGCGGAGAGUGCCCAAACCCUUGGCAAUCCCGCCUCCCCUGUAGUCCGUUUCGCCGUGGGCAGUGCCGUUCGCAGUCCCCUAAGUGCCUACGAAGCCGCCUUAGCCGCCGCCGCCAGUCAGCAGCCCAGCUCCAACGAGGAACCCAGCGAUUCCAGUCUCCGACGACUCAGUUUUGCCCAGCAGCAGCUCAUACUCGGCGACCACGACAGCAUCGAGGGCAGACGGGAGACUCUGCACUACCAGUCGGUGGCUAGUGAAUACCAGGACUCCGGUUCCGAGGAGGACAGCGAGGAGCGUGGUGCGGAAGCCAGCGGUCCCGAGAGUGCCAAGCCCAUGCCGGCCUUCGGUGACCUGACCAUGGAUCAGGAAAUGGAACCGGCCAUUAUGACAUCCACCAGCGAAAAGCGUGAACAUCUGUACAAGAUUCUAGUCAUUGGCGAACUGGGCACCGGCAAGACAUCCUUCAUCAAGCGCUAUGUACACCAGUUCUUUAGCCAGAACUAUAGGGCCACCAUCGGUGUGGACUUUGCCCUAAAGGUGCUCCAGUGGGACGCCAAUACGAUAGUCCGCCUGCAGCUAUGGGACAUUGCCGGCCAGGAGAGGUUCGGCAACAUGACGCGGGUAUACUACAAGGAGGCAGUGGGUGCCUUUAUCGUGUUCGAUGUGACCCGCAGCGGGACCUUUGACUGCGUGAGCAAGUGGAAGGAGGAUCUGGACUCCAAGGUGCAGCUGCCGGACGGCAGUCCCAUACCAUGCAUCCUGCUGGCCAAUAAGUGCGACCAGGAGAAGCAGGGCAUCAUAACGCAGCCGGAGAAGAUGGAUGAGUAUGUGAGGGAGAACGGAUUUGCCGGCUGGUUUGAAACUUCCGCCAAGGAGAACAUUAACAUCGACGAGGCAGCCCGUGCUCUCGUGAAUAAGAUACUCAUCAACGAUAAGCUGAUAACUGCCGAUCUGGCCGACGGUGACAAGUUCAACCUGAACAGCACGGGCGACGGAGCCGGAUCGGAUGCCAAGAACAAGUGUUCCUGCUGACCUGGGACCGAGGUGCAGCGAUUCAAUUACCCAUUCCCAGUCUGAGCGCGUCCAAGAGCGGUUUUCUGAGAGAGAAACGCCAUGUGCCUAUAUUGUCGUCCCCUCCACGUUCAUGUUGUUAGAAGAUAGCGAUAACUAUGCUUAGGGUUUCAGCGUAACAUUUGUCUAAGACUUAGCCUCAUCAUUCGAGCAUCUUAUCCCAGCCCCUUGCAUCUCAUCCGAUCCCAUCCCAUCAGUUGUCAUAUCUUUAACACCCCGCCCAACCUCGUGCUGAGUGAUAAGACUCCUACAUUGUUGCAUCGAGAUCGGGGCCAGUGCGUGAAUUUAUAUCGCCGUGGCACAUGGCAGAUACAUAGCUUACCUACGCGUACACACCAUUAAUAUUAUCAUUAUUAUCGCGGGGAUUAGCCGAGAUAGGCGAGAUAGUGGGAGGGCAGCAUCCUCCGUAUCCAUAGCAUUCUGCAUUUGUGUAAAAUAUGAAUUCGUGCCGUGUU